AUGGAGGCCCAGAGGAGCCACGUAACCAUCUUGUUGGCCGUAUGUUUGAUCCUGCUGGGAUUAUUCUUAAGUAGCGUUGUAUCAGCUGAAUGGCAAGGAGCUGUGUCAUCUUAUCACAUUGCUUCAUUCAGUAAUCCUCAUCCUCCUAGACCUCUCAAUGAUCCAUCAGGUAACCACAAUGCUAAAUUCAAUCAUUUCACUCUGUCUGGCCCUGAUGGAGCUGUGUAUGUUGGAGCUGUCAACUACUUAUACAGACUGGAUAUGUCAUUGAAUCUACUACAGAAUGUUAGUACAUGUCAAGAACUAGGAGAGGAUAAAUGUGAUAUAUUCACCAACUACAAUAAAAUCCUGAUAUUAGAUAAUCAAUAUCGGUUGAUUACAUGUGGAAGUGAGAAUGGAGGAAAGUGUCAGUUCAGGAAUCUAGAUGAUUUGACUGAUGUGUUGUUUCAACCAGGGUCUAAUAUUGCUGGUUUUGGAGAGUUGUCUACUGUGAGUUUGAUUGCACCAGGAACUGAUGGACCAAUGGGAGAUGGUCCAGAUGGAGGAGAUUGGUUGUAUGUAGCUGUGACUUAUGCUACUGAAGAGGUUGGGUAUACAGAAAUCCCGCCGGUCAGCAGAAUAAUCCUUAGUACAGAUGGGUUGUUGAUAUCUCCAUCGGGCACAGGGUAUUCUUCAUCUACUGCAUUUGAUGUUUCCUAUACUCGUGAUCCAUUCCAAAUAACGUAUGUCGUCGGUUUCUCAUAUGAUGGAUUCACAUACUUCGUCACAUUUCAAAAAGAGGAUCUUGGUUCCAAUGUCUUUGUUUCUAAAAUGAACAGAGUCUGUCAGACCAGUCCAACAUUUGACUCUUACACAGAAAUCACCCUACAAUGCCAAGGAUCAGAUGGUAGUGUGUACAGUUUGGUACAAACUGCUCAUAUUGGCCCAGCAGGUCAGGAUCUUGCUGUAUCAUUAGGUUUGAAUGCUGAGGACAUGGUGUUGUAUGCUGUGUUUGCUAAGAAUGAAGGAGCUGAUGGGACUAGUGAUGUACCUAUUGAUCAGUCGGCAUUGUGUGUGUAUAAGAUGAGUGAUAUUUUAGAUGCCUUCAAGGAAGCAGUCAGGGGAUGUAUUCAAGAUGGAGAUGGUCACGCAGUGCAGUACUUUCAAGGAUCCUUCUGUCCAUCCUUCCCGAUGGCCUAG